CCUUCCUUUUCUUGUUAAAGAACUGAUUUUAGGACCUAGAACCCUCCCUUUGAAGUAGGAAUUUCCAGAUCUGCUCUGCUCUUCCUCCCCUGUCCACCAGUGCUGGUAGGUACGAAUUUCUGGGCAUUUCUCUGCCCUCCACACUGCCAGCUCCGGUUUCAGCUUGCCAGAUUUUUCUGGUGUUGUUGUGGCUUAGAGCUCUGGGGUCGAGUUUCCUGUUUUAUGCGAAGUGAGGUAGUGUGACCCGAGACACGGAAAUCAAGGGGAGUUACGUGCCGUGCAGUCCUGCUCUCCUUCCCGAUGCUUGCCUCCCGAAAGUCCCCCCCAAGCCACCGACGCACCCUUGAAAAAAAAAAAUUGGCAAAAGCUUGAUGUUUGUUCCAUCUUUUCUUGCUCAAGAACCAAGUUUCAAGCUUAGAACUCUCUCUCCCAAACCCAGAAUUUUCCAGAUCUGCACUGUUUCCUCCCCUUGCUGUCCGUCGGCUUCUGCUAUGUGUGAUUGCUGGGCAUAUUUCCGAUUUUGGGUAGACCCGUGAGUUCCCUUGCAGAUUCCUGCCGGCUUCCCCUAGCUUGCAGCUCCGGUUUUUGCUGCUAAAUUCUGGUUCCUGAUCGUUCUAUCAGUUUAGCACUGAAAUUGAGUCUUCGGUUUUAUGUGAUUUGAGGUAAGUAAAUUUAUGGUAAUGCCCGUACUGUUUUUAAAAGCAUGUUUUGACUUGUUUUUGAAGUGGUGGCGGGACUAAACUUGUUUUAUGCAAAAGUAAGUAUGAUUGAUUUGAAGUGAAAUUAUUAUUCUUUUUAUUGAUUUGAGCAUGCGUGCGUGGAAAUUGUUUAACGGCCCUGAUGAUCUGGAAAGUAUCUGUAAAGUAUGAUUUUUUGUUAAAUUUUGCCUAUUUUGUCUCCAAUAUGGUCAUGUUAUUCGUGUGCCCGCUAGUGGGAGAUUUAUAAACGCUAGCACAUGUCGACAUGUUACUGAUAGAACCGGUUCGUUUUUGUUAUCCUGCCAGUGGGAUUAUACAAUAGUAAAUCAUGUGCCUGUCAGUGGGAGGUUUAUAACACUGGCCAUGACCUAUAGAGGGGACGUCUAUUUCGUUUCUGUACUCGUAUUUGUUUUUCGUGAUUGCACUUGUUGGCAUGCUAUAAGUUUAAUUAAGGGCACUCCAUAUUUUACUUACUGACUUUAUCUCAUAAUUUUUCCUUGUCCACCAUUUGAGAAGGCGAAACUGAGGACGGAAAACCACGGGAAGUGACGAGUUAGAAGGUUAGUCAUGUUGUAAAUUGAACAUAGAUUUUAGAAAUAAAUCAUGAUCUUGUAAGCUAGAUUUUAUUUGGAGAUUUUAUGAUAUCAGAGCAAAUUUUAAGAUUUUUAUCUUCAGAUUUUGAUGGUAUCAGAUUGUGGUAUGAUAAGUUCCGAGCCUUAUGCAUUUGUGGGACUCUCUCACGAUUGCGCGGCGUUUGUCGCGCCUCGGAUUUGGGUUCUGGGGCAUGACAUAUACCAUGCUCUUGUAAGUUAGAUUUUAAUUGAAAAUUUUAUGGUAUCAAAACUGAUUUUGUUGAGUAAGUUCCGAGCCUUGUGCACUUGUGAGACCCGUCUCACAAGUGUACGGCGUCUGUUACGCCUUCGGAUUUAAGUUAUGGGGUGUGACAUUCAAUUGUAACUAAAUAUAUUAUUAUGUUUUUAUUUUCUUGUGCCUUUUUUCCUCUUUGUCCAAAAUAUGUAUAUUGUUGUUGUAUGAAAUAAGGAUUACUAUUCUUU